GAUAUGCUGGAAUUGUAGCUUAACAUUGUUUUAGUUGCCUGGGAACUGGAAAUUUCUAUUUACAGUAAUGUUUCAAUUUUCUCAUUUUGUUCUUUUUCCUUUGUGAUUUACUAUAUUGUAUUUAAAUCGCUUGUUGGAUGUCUAGGGAGACUGCAAUAUUGACAAAUGUAGGACAGCUAUUAGAAAGGCAGGGAAAACAGUUAUUGGGUUCGAAAUACAAGGAUCCUCUAUCAUGUUUCUCAGACUUUCAGGAAUUUUCUGUUGCAAACCCGGAGGUUUAUUGGAAGACUGUACUGGAUGUGUUGAGCAUAUCUUUCUCAGUGCCUCCACAAUGUAUCUUGCAUGAGAAUCCAUACGGAGAGAAAAAUUUGUCAAACCCAGGUGGUCAAUGGCUUCCUGGAGCAUACAUGAACCCCGCAAAGGAUUGCUUGAGUAUAAAUCCUAAGAGAAGUUUGGAUGACAUUGUAAUAAGAUGGCGGGAUGAGGGAGAUGAUCAUCUUCCUAUAAAAGUCAUGACUCUUAAGGAUUUGCGGACAGAGGUUUGGUUGGUGGCACAUGGACUCAAUGCCCUGGGCUUGGACACUGGAUCUGCAAUUGCUAUUGAUAUGCCUAUGAACGUCAAUUCUGUGGUUAUUUAUCUAGCUAUUGUUCUGGCAGGCUAUGUAGUUGUGUCCAUAGCGGAUAGUUUUGCUCCAGAGGAAAUAGCAACAAGACUCAAAAUUUCAGAAGCCAGAGCCAUAUUUACUCAGGAUGUUAUAAUACGCGGCGAGAAAAGUAUUCCUCUUUACAGACGAGUUGUGGAAGCUGGGGCACCUAUGGCAAUUGUUAUUCCCGCUAAAGGCUCAAGCUUCAGCAUGAAAUUGCGCAGCAGUGAUAUUUCUUGGAAUGAUUUCUUGGAAAAAGUAAAAAAUUCAAAAGAAGAAGAAUUUGUGGCUGUGGAAAAGCCGGUUGAAGCAUUCACAAAUAUUCUGUUUUCCUCUGGAACGACAGGGGAUCCAAAAGCAAUUCCAUGGACAAACAUGACUCCUCUGAAAGCUGCUGCAGAUGCAUGGUGCCACAUGGAUAUUCAUCAAGGUGAUAUUGUUGCUUGGCCCACUAACCUUGGGUGGAUGAUGGGCCCAUGGUUAGUGUAUGCUUCAUUGUUAAAUGGUGCUUCCAUUGCACUAUACAAUGGAUCUCCUCUUGGUUCUGGCUUUGCCAAGUUUGUACAGGAUGCUAGGGUAACUAUGCUUGGUGUGAUCCCAAGUAUCGUCCGAGCAUGGAAAAGUUCAAACUGCACUGUGGUUAGCUCUGUAGAAAUUGAACGCAUCUGUAAUGCAGUUGAUGACAGUAUCCUUGAGACUGCAGCCAUUGGAGUACCACCUCCCAAGGGUGGCCCUGAACGAUUAGUAAUUGCAGUCGUAUACAAGGAUUCGAAUGUCCCAGCUCCAGACUUAAAUAAAUUGAGAAUGGCCUUCAAUUCAGCAUUACAGCAGAAACUAAAUCCUCUAUUCAGGGUUUCUCACAUUGUACCGCUGUCAACUCUGCCAAGAACAGCGUCAAAUAAAGUGAUGAGAAGGGUUCUGAGGCAACAGUUUGCUCAACUGGACCAAUCAAGGAUAUAAUAGAUGUUUGGGAGAAGGCAUUGUAAGGCACUAAACCUAAAAGACUUGGCACUUGUUUGUAGAGUCUAGAAUGGUAUAACUCCUGGUUUUCCGACCUUUUCAGGUUCGUCGAGCCGGGUAAUAAGAAAAGCAGCUUUUGCCUUAGAUGUUAUGAAUUCUAUUAUUAGAAUGUCUAGCUCGGAGUUACAGAGUUGCCCAGCUUGUAUAUGCGGUAUUUAAAGUAUACAGGACAUGAACACCAUUGGUGUAACAUUUCUGCAGGAGUUUUGUGAUAUUUUCAUGUAGAUUUUCUUUGUGAAUGGGAGUUAUUUUCUUUCAAA